AUGAAUAUCAAAUUUUUAUUAUUAUUUUUAUUAAUAUGUUAUCAAAAAGUAUCCACUACAGUACAAAAAAAAGUAUAUGGUAUAGAUAAAUUAAAGGCAUUGGCAGAGGUUUUGGAGGAUAGUGAUGAUUUAAUAGAAAUUAAACAAAUUGUUUUAAAAAAAUUACGAUAUCAAAGGCAUUUGGAGAAGAAGUAUAAUGGUAAAUUACCUCAUGAAGGAAAAAUUGUAAAAAAACAUAAAAGAAGAUCAUUAAAUGAUACAUAUAAAAAUGAAAAAGGAAAUGGAAAAAAUCAAGUUAUGUUAACAAAACCAUAUUGGCCUUGGCCUUAA